UUCACAUAUCAAGGUUUUUUUAGUUACUGCUGCGAAUCAUGUUACAAAAAAUAAUGUUUUUUUUUUCAGAACCACGAUGGAAAAUCAAUUGGCGGAACUAGUAGUGGAACCUUCUGGUCAAUUUCACAAUUUUACAAGAAUGUCCGUAACAGACUUUGAAUAUUUGUUGCAAAAAGUUUCUCCGUUAAUAUCGAAGAAGGAUACACCUAAAAGAGACGCAAUACCAGCCAAAGUUCGCUUGGCAAUUACUUUGAGAUUUUUGGCCAGCGGUGAUAGCUUCGAAAGUCUGCAUUUUCUGUUCAAAGUUUCUAGCUCCAUAAUAUCAAUAAUUGUACCUGAAGUGUGUAUUGCGUUAAACGCAGUAUUGAAAGAUCAAAUUAAGCUGCCACAGGAUCCCCAAUCAUGGCUACAACUAGAAAAAGGGUUCAAAUUUCCACACUGUCUGGGAGCUAUGGAUGGAAAACAUGUCGUCAUGCAAUCUCCUGUACAUAGUGGUACAGAAUACUACAACUAUAAAAGGAGUUUCAGCAUUGUACUCCUUGCUUUAGUUGAUGGCAAUUAUAAUUUUGUUUUUGCUGAAAUCGGAAGUCAGGGUCGAAUUAGUGACGGUGGUGUCUUUCAAAAUAGUCGACUAUGGCAAAAAAUGUGCUCAAAUAAUUUAAACUUGCCAACACCACGACCACUUCCUGGUAGAACAAGAGAAGUCCCAUAUGUUUUUCUAGCAGACGGAGCAUUUGCAUUAACGACUCAUGUGAUGAAGCCAUAUCCUGGAAGGCAUAAUGAACAAACUGCAAAACGUAUAUUUAAUAAGAAACUUUCGUCUUCACGCGUUGCAGUUGAAAAUGUGUUUGGGAUACUAGCUUCAAGAUUCAGAGUAUUUCGAAAACCUUUACUUCUGAGCCCAGAAAAAACAACUGUGAUUACUAUGACUUGUGUACUACUACACAAUUUCUUAAGAAAGAGUAUUACUUCAUCGUCAAUAUACACACCUCCUGGUACUAUAGAUGUUUACGACCAAAACAAUGAACUGGUAUCGCCGGGGUCAUGGAGGAACGAAAUUGAAGACACAUUUUAUUUAUUUUUAUUUUAUUUAUUUAUUUAA